AUGUUUUGUCCAAUUUGUAUGAAAAAUCAACCUUGCUUAUUUGAGAUAAAGAAUUGUUCAUGUUCAUUUUGUUAUACUUGUGCAUUGAAUUGGAUUCAAGAAUAAAUUAAAUAAAAAUAAAAUACAAACUCAUUUAGAUGUUUAAAUUACAAAUGUAAAGAAGAAAUAAAUAUGGAAAAAUUUCAUUAAUCAAUUACUUCAUAGAAAAUAUUGAAUAGGUUUUAAGAGAUUAUGUUAAAAAAAUACUUAUUAUAAACUUAAGAUAUACGACCUUGUCCAAAUUGUAAUAAUUAUGGAUUUCUACCAAAAAAUAGAUGUAGUGAAGAUUUUGUUUGUAGAUAAUGCAGUAAGAUAUUUUAAUUCAUUUAAGAAUUCGUCUGGGUUGAUAAAUAAUAUUUAACAUAUUCCAAGAUAAUAAAACUAUAUUUGAAUCAAUUCAAAAACAAUAACUUUACAAUCAUUUAUAAGUUUAUCAAAACACAAAAUUGUCCAAAAUGCAAUUGUCAAAUAUUAAAGAAUGGAGGUUGUAGACAUAUGACAUGUAAAUAAUGUUAAAUCUCUUUUUGUUGGAAUUGUAAAAAAUACUUAUAGGGACACAAUGAUGACAUAUGUGCUAUAUCAAGAUUUACUUAUUACUUAUUGGUUCUUUAAAACAUCAUUAUUUCAUUUAAGCUAUUAAAUUUACAUCGAUAUUUAUAUUUAUUAUUAUAUCCUUUUUAUGGAUUAGCAAUUGUGAUUAUCUACAAUUUAUAUGUAUUAAUGCCAAUAGUUAUAAUUGCUUCUAUUAUUUGUGGGAUAUAUCGUUAUAGAAUAGAAAAAAAAAGUUGGAAAACUUAUAUUAUGGAAUACAUUUAUGCACUUUUGAUAGAAGGAUCAAUUUAUUUUGUUGUAUUCAUAAUAAUUGAAUAUUUUGAGAUUACAAAUGAAUAAUUAAUCUAUUAUCAUUAUUAUCAAGGUAUUAUGAUAAUGAUAUAUGGGUUGAUGAAAUUAAUGAAAUGGGGAUUUAAUAAAUUUAUUUUUCAUGAUUGGCUUCAAUAUUUGAUAUGA